AUGUCCAAACAACCUCUCUCCCAAACCUCCGAAGACGAAAUCAUCAACCCAAAACUCAACGUCUCCUGCCUCGACUUCCUCCUAAUCGAACUCGUCCCACUCGCCCAAAGAAUAACCGAACAACUCCAUGCACCAGGAACUAUACACAUGGACGAUGAGACCCGCGAAGCAGUAUUCUGGCGUUUAGACGGAUUAGGAUAUCGAGUAGGACAAGGUCUUGUUGAGCGGUUCUCCGCCAACAAACCGCGUCCAACAACCCCUCUCGACGCCAUAAAAUUCAUCUGCAAAGACCUCUGGAUUUUACUCUUUCGCAAACAAAUCGAUAAUUUGAAAACCAAUCAUCGAGGAGUUUAUGUCUUGACGGAUGUGAGGUUUCAGCCUUUGAGUCGAAUGUCUGUGGAUCGCAGAGCUGGGCCGAAAGCUGGGGAAGAUGCUUUGAGGAGGGCGCAGGCUUUUCUUUACUUCCCAUGUGGUGUUGUUCGAGGUGCGCUACAGGGACUGGGAUUGGAUGUCACGGUUACGGCAGAGACGACGGAGAUUCCUUCUGCCACUUUUCAGAUCAAGACGAAAGGUGCCAAGGCUUGA